GGCAUCUAUCUUUAUGACUCGGAGGCACCACACUGGCAGACAAGGCAAAAUCCUUGACUGGGUUUUUGUGUGUCUGAUUGGCUGUCAUAACCUCCAGCCCUGCCCCAGCCGCCUCCUUGUCGGUUGUGCAAAGCUCCUAGGGCCCCUUGAGAGGCAACUUCCUGCCUCAGGCCCCCUGUUCCUGGUAUGGAACCCUCCGCUCUGUUUGCUGAGAAGCAGCCGGUGCCACAGGACUGCCACUCAGGCUACAAGCAGUUUUUGAUAUGCUCUGUGCCAAGCUCUCCUCUGGGCAGCUCACAGGUGACUAGGAAAGAGAUCAGAUGUAAUGAACAUGGGCAGCAGUCACGAAUAUCUUGACAAAUGGACCAGGAUUUCAACAUCUGGCAAGGGGUAGGCAGAGGACUGGCACGGUCAGACACUUCAUGUGCAAGGCCACAUGCUUAUCCCAGCAGGACAGCAGUUGCUCAAGCCAUGUUUGUCACUUGGUGUGUGGCCUUCGCAAGUUACUUAAUGUUUGAGCCUUGAUUUCCUCAUUGUUGAAAUGGCAGUGAGAAUGCGAAGGGUUGUGUUUGUAAGGUUGGGCUCCGGCCUGUGUGGUCCAUAUUUGGCACAAAGCCGGGUGCAGGAGGACUUGGAAAAAAUGUCCUGCCUGAGAAGCAACACACUCCAUAUGUGACCCCCAAAUUAUAUUCCUCAGCCUGUUUACAUGUUCCUUUCCAGAGGUGGCUUUGAAUGAAUGACAUGAGGCUGUUUUCAGAAUUCAGACCCACAUUCAGAGCCAAGUUACUGGCCUCCAGCAAGGCAAGGCAAAGGGGGGGGAAAAAAAAGGCCCCCAGCAGGAAGCAAAACUUAAAAAACAUAUGAGCUCCCUAGGGGCCCACUGGGGACAUGCCACCUACAUUCAGGUGGCCCCAGCCACACAUGAGGACUUGGGCACACUGCUGGGGCCUUUGUGCGCUCAGACAGCAUGGAGGGAUGAGGGAAGUCCUCCCAGAGUAAGCAGCUGGCACCCAGAGGAACACGGUGAGGGGUGCCCUGGAGGGGUUGCCCUGGGGUCAGGACUCAACACCUUGCGUGCUGGGCUGAGGAGCCCAGGUUAGACCUGAGGGCAGUGGGAAGCCAGAAAAGGUUUAGAAAGGGGAGAGAUGAGCGCGCCCAGGUGGGGUGGUGAUUCAAAGGGAGAUAUUCAGGCUGGCAUUAGGGGCUGUGAAGAUGGAGCAAAUGAAUAUUAAAAAUAUUUUGAUAGAAGGAUAAGCCAACCAACCAGGGUUGCAAGUAGGAAAGGAAGUUCGCCAGUCUGGCUGUGGGAAUGCAGGUUCCAGGUUGCACAACUGUCCCCUGAGGGAUCAGGGAAGGCGUCAGAGCCCAUGACUGGGGGGCCAGCCUGUGGGCCUGACGCUCACUCACACCCAGUGACCCAGGUGCAGGCAUGGGUCUUUGCCCUCAGGCGGUCUGAGGCCUCUGCCAGGCAUGCCUGAGCACCUUGGCCAGCUGCAACCCUAAGGUGGAAAUAUGUGAUGCCCCCACCCCCUAUUCUAGCUCCUUUACUGAAGAAGGGAUUCCCCUCCCCCAGUCAUGCAGCUGCCUCUCUGGACAGAGGGAGGGGAAGUGGCCAGAAGGGGAAGUGUGAGGAGUUCCCCUCGGCCUGUCACCAGUCUCCUCAGGCCUUCGGAGUGGUGGCCCUCCGGCCCUCCGGCCCUCCGCGGCCAUGGAGCCUCUGGAGACCCCUGUCAAGGAUGGCAUCCUGUACCAGCAGCACGUCAAGUUUGGCAAGAAGUCCUGGCGGAAGGUGUGGGGUCUGCUCUACGCAGGUGGCCCAUCAGGCGUGGCACGGCUGGAGAGCUGGGAAGUCCGGGAUGGUGGCACGGGGCCAGCAGGUGACAGGUCUGCAGGUCCUAGCCGACGGGGAGAGCGGCGGGUCAUCCGCCUGGCCGACUGCGUGUCGGUGCUGCCAGCUGAUGGUGAGAGCUGCCCCCGGGACACUGGUGCCUUCCUACUCACCACCACGGAGAGAAGCCACCUGCUGGCCGCACAGCACCGCCAGGCAUGGAUGGGCCCCAUCUGCCAGCUGGCCUUCCCGGCCACAGGGGAAUUUUCCUCUGGAUCAGGGGAGGCGGAGGCUCCCAAGCGGGGCCUGGUCCCCAUGGAAGAGAACUCCAUCUACUCUUCCUGGCAGGAAGUGGGCACAUUUCCGGUGGUGGUGCAGAGGACAGAGGCAGCUGCCCGCUGCCAGUUGAAGGGGCCCUAUAUCCUGCUGCUGGGCCAAGAUGCCAUCCAGCUGAGCGAGCCAGGCAGCCCGCAGGCCCUCUACACCUGGCCCUACCACUUCCUGCGCAAGUUUGGUUCCGACAAGGACGUGUUCUCCUUCGAAGCUGGCCGCCGCUGUGACUCAGGCGAGGGCCUCUUCGCCUUUAGCAGCCACCGAGCUCGAGACUUGUGCGGGGUCGUGACUGCGGCCAUCGCCCGCCAGAAGGAGCGGCUGCCUGAGCUGGUGGGGCCUCGGCCCUGCCCCCUGCCUCGGGCCACCUCCCUGCCCUCACUUGAGCCUCCUGGAGAGCUGCGGGAGUUGCCCCCAGGGUCUGAGCCUUCAGACUCUCGUAGGGUGUUCCUGGCCGAUCCUGGGCCACAGAGCCUGCCCCCGCUGCCCCUGGAGUCUGGGCUGUACGCUGCCGUGUGCAAGCGGACCAGCGGGCCCCUGGCCGGCGCUGAGCACCUCUACGAGAAUCUGUGUGCCCUAGAAGCUGGCCCCGUACCACCCGACCUGGGGGACCCUGAGCAGGAGGGCCCUGGUGGCUUCAGCCCCCCAGCCAGCCCCAUCUACCACAACAGCAAGGACCUGGGCUGGCCUGGCCCAGCCCAUGACAGCAGCCUGGAGGCCCAGUACCGACGGCUGCUGGAGCUGGACCUUGAUGACAAUGGCGACGAGGCCGGGGUCUCUGGCCGCUCUGGUGCCCAUUCAGGCUUCAAGGCCAAGUUGGUGACGCUGCUGAGCCGAGAGCGGAAGAAGGUCCCAGCUCCCUGCGAUAGGCCCUGAACACCUGGGGGGACCUGGCCUGGGACAAGAGGGUGGGCAAACAAUGGGUAUCUGGGGACACAACCCUGCAUCUGCUCUGGCCUUUGGGGCCAAGGCAGGUGGCCUGAGGAGGCCCCUCAAGAGCCCUGCCAGCCCCCCAGUGUAUAGUGUACAGGUCUGCUGAGAAUAAAGCCUCUAGCUCCCCUCCUG